AUGUGGUGGCGGCUGCCGGGCGCCCGUUCGACCCUCCCGGCCAGCGUCGUCCUCUUACUCCUCCCAGUCCUGGUAGCUCCGCUGCAGCAACCAGACCAUCAUGAUUUCACCACCCCAGUCCCCAUAGGAUCGACCGGACAUGAAUCCAAACACCACACAGCCCCCGUGGCUAUUCCCAUCGUGAAAUCUGUCGAUGCGAGCGCCCUCGCAACUCUGGCUCUGGCGGGCUCUGGCCGCGCCGUUCGAGCCCCUCCUACCCAGGCCAGCAGCACUGCUGCUGGUCUGGCUUCGCAGCUUCACGCGCGGUCCCUGCAGGACUGGGAGGUUGAGGAGUUUGUGCUUCUGGCGACCGUCGACGGAACUAUUCACGCCCGAGACCGCAAGACAGGCUCUGCCCGCUGGGCUCUCGAGGUCCCGAGCAGCCCUGUCGUCGAAAGUAUCUACCAUCGUGCGAACAGAUCCAGCUUUGAUGAUACUCAGCCUGAGGAUGAUUUCUUGUGGAUCGUCGAGCCGAGCCAGGACGGCAGCUUGUAUAUUUACAGCCCUGGCCCUGAGGCUGGGCUCCAGAAGCUGGGGCUGACUGUCAAAGAGCUUGUGGACCAAACACCGUAUUCUGGAAUUGAGCCUGCUGUGACGUACACUGCGAGGAAAGAAACUACAUUAUAUACUAUUGAUGCCCGAACUGGUAGCAUUCUGCGGGUGUUCAGCUCUCGUAGUCCUUUUACUACCGGGCAGGAAUGUCGGAGGGUGGAUGGACAGGAUCUGGACUCCGAGGAGUGUGAAACAGCGUCUGGUACCUUGGUUAUUGGCCGUGUUGAAUAUGCCGUGGCUAUCCAAAAUACAGAAACUGGUGAUCCGAUUUGUACUUUGAAGUACUCCGAAUGGGCGCCCAACAACCGUGACAUGGACUUGCAGAGCCAGUAUUUCUACACUAUGGACAAGAGUCAUGUUUACAGCAUGCAUGAUGGUGUCGUCCUUGGAUUUGACCAUUCCCGAAUGGAUCGCCCCCGCUACACUCAGCGCUUUGCCUCUCCAGUAGCCCGUGUAUUUGACGUUGUUCGCCCGGCGAAUAAGGAUGUACCUGAUGCCUUCACCCCAUUAGUGGUUCUGUCUCAGCCGCUUCAGCCCCCGGAUCCCGACUACGGUUCGCUGGAUGAUAGAGACAUGCGUGUCUUUAUUGAUUCGACUGAGUCUGGUGGCUGGUAUGCGCUGUCUGAGGAAACAUACCCGUUGGUCACUGGCCGUGCCCCAAUGGCCCAGUGCUAUGAUAAGGACUUCUUACGCCGAGGCCAGUCCCUCAUGAGCUUGAGUUCGAGACAGCAACGUGAUGCGUUGACUGGAGUGCACGAGUUGCACGGCCCGCGUACCAGACCGUCCAUCCCACGACUCGGUAGCUCAUCUCCGACUGAUAUGUCUAAUGACACCCCCCGAGCUGCCCAACGCAGCCCCUCUGAAGCUCUCCCUCCAGCAUUGCGAAACAGCACGAUCAUCCGCAAGAGUUGGGAUAACGCAGUAGAUAUUGUUGUCAGCAUCAUCCUCUUGUUCAUCGUGGCCUUCCUCUAUCUCAAUUCCGACCACAUUCGAGACCUCGCGAAGCAAAAGCUGGAUAUCAAGAAUAUUAUCAAUUCGAAUGAGAAACCCCCUCUCUCAACCCCUGCCACUCCAACACUUGGACCAGCCGACAUCAACCGGGCCUCCACUGCCACUCGACAAGUUCCUGAUGUGAUUGUUGAUGUUGACGUGGCGGAUGCUACCCCAGACCGUGAUUCCACCCCCGGCCAUCCCGAACUGCGAGCAACUCUCGACUGGCGACCACCCGGUGAUGAGGUUGGAACAAAGCCCAAGAGGAAGCGCGGUGGACGUGGCGGAAGGCAUCAUAAGAAGGGCAAGAAGCAAGGCAAUGCGACACAGCAAACCGACCAAGCAAUUGAGCACUCCAAUAAUUCGGCAUCAGAUGUACCCAGUGCCCCGAAUGUGCCGAGGAAUAUUACCAUUUCUAACGUGACCGAGAUUGACGGAGUCGUCCGUAUUGGGCGAUUGGAAGUCUUCACCAAUGUUGUCCUCGGCCAUGGCAGCCACGGCACUGUAGUUUACCGGGGUGCAUUUGAUGGUCGAAACGUGGCCGUCAAGCGUAUGCUUAUGGAAUUUUACGACAUAGCCUCUCACGAGGUGGGAUUGUUGCAGGAGAGCGACGAUCACCACAAUGUCAUUCGCUAUUUCUGCCGUGAACAGGCGGCAGGUUUCUUAUACAUCGGCCUAGAGCUUUGUCCAGCGUCUCUCGGUGAUGUUAUUGAGCGUCCGAUCCAAUUCCCUGAUCUAGUUCAGAGCGGCUUGGACCUCCCCGACGUCCUACGGCAAAUCACACAGGGUGUAAGAUACCUGCACUCGCUCAAGAUCGUCCACCGCGAUUUGAAACCGCAGAAUAUCUUGGUUUCUAUGCCACGCGGUCGAACCACAACCCGAGGAGCUCUCCGACUGCUCAUCUCUGAUUUUGGUCUUUGCAAGAAGCUCGAGGACAACCAAAGUUCCUUCCGAGCCACCACCGCCCAUGCCGCUGGUACCUCUGGCUGGCGUGCUCCGGAGUUGUUAGUCGACGACGAGUUCGGCCCUCUCAGUCUCGCCUCACAGCAUACAGAGUCAUCUGAGCCUGCGGUAGUCGAUCCACAAACCAAUCGCCGAGCAACGCGAGCCAUCGAUAUCUUUUCCUUGGGAUGUGUCUUUUACUAUGUCCUGACGCGAGGAAGCCACCCAUUCGACAAGGAUGGCAAGUUCAUGCGGGAAGCCAACAUAGUUAAGGGCCAAUUCGAUCUUCAGGAACUAGAUCGUCUGGGUGACUAUGCUUUCGAGGCAGACGACCUUAUUCGAUCAAUGUUAUCCCUUGAUCCUCGCCGCCGUCCCGACGCCAGCGCAGUCCUGAUGCACCCCUUCUUCUGGCCUCCAUCCGACCGCCUCGCCUUCCUCUGCGAUGUAUCCGACCACUUCGAGUUCGAGUCCCGUGACCCCCCCUCCGACGCUCUCCUCUGCCUUGAAUCCGUAGCCCGCCAGGUAAUGGGCCCCGAACAAGAUUUCCUCCGCCUCCUCCCACGCGAUUUCAAAGAUAAUCUCGGUAAACAGCGCAAGUAUACGGGCUCGCGCAUGCUGGAUCUCCUACGUGCCCUUCGUAACAAACGCAACCAUUACAAUGACAUGCCUGAGUAUCUCAAGGCUCAUAUUGGUGGUUUGCCAGAGGGGUACUUGGUUUUCUGGACUGUGCGCUUCCCUAGUUUGUUGAUGAGUUGCCAUAAGGUUAUUGUUGAGUUGCAGUUGACUAAGAUUGAUCGGUUUCAGAGAUAUUUUACGCCACCGGAAUAG